AUGGAUGGGGCGAUCGAAACGCUGGACCAAGCGGCGGACGCCUGGAACGCGCUUUUAAUGUGCGGGGUGGAUCCUCGACAACCCUACGAGCCGGUCACACCUUUGGCUGAAAUGGAUGCUGAUGAACUUCAGACCCUCAUGAACAAUGAGGAUGAUUAUGCUGAGCACCGCAACAUUGCGCAAAUUCAUGCCACUGAUGCAGCUUUGCUUGCCAUGCUAAACAACGACAUUGCCAAAUUUUUGCAAGACUUGCUCGCCUUGGCCGAGUCUCGUCUGGUCAUUGCCUUGGCGCUCUUACUGCGCGUUUUUGUUUCCACAAAGCUGCAUGAUCUUGAUGCCUUCCGGCCGUACAUGGCCAUGGCGCUGCCGAUCAUUGAGCGCGGUCUCAACCUACCUCGAGAAGAACCCAAUAGCCUCCCCACCCGCUUGAUCGCAUGUCAAGUAAUGGGACGAUGUGCCAUUCUUAGUGAACCGAUUGCCACCAGCAUGCAGUCGCACCUCCGCCAGCUCGCACGUCAGCAGCAUACGGAGGAUCUCUUUGUAGGAGCUGAACUUUUAAUGUGCAGCAACAUGUACUUAUUGAUCACUGACGUGGACGAUGCCUACCUCUCCGGCAUGAUCCGCGAAGUCGUUGCUCCGCUGCUUGAAAAUGAUUGUUCGCCCAUCAUGCUGCGAGCCUUUCGGGCUCUGCUCGAACUGGGCUCGCAUUACGAGCAGAAGCCACCCGCCAGCUUUACCCGACUUCUCAAGGCGAAAAUGCUACCCGUCUUGACAGACCUCAACAAGAUGACCCCAGAGGCCGUUGCUGAACAAGAACCCGCCAUGCUCUACCAAGGAAUCAUUCAACUGGCAGCCAGCGCCAUCUCGGCUUUGGGGCAGUUGGUCGUGGAUCAGUCAUCGCUUGGCCGGAAGUAUGGUGCCAUUAUGCUGCCUAUAACCUUUACCAUUGCCGAAAAUGUGGAGCUACCUGAUGACAUUCGAGCCCAGGCUGUGACGAUUAUCGACAGCUUCUUGGCAAGCAUUCCAUCCUGGCUGCUGGAGCAUCAGCCGUUGGCCAUCAAUUGCAUUCGCACCAUUUGGACCUGCAUCAAGAUGGAUCCGACCCACAGUGAAGCCUCCCAGGGUGAUUUGGAAGCUUGGGAGGAAGAGGAGCCCAUGACUUCACGUGAUGAGGACGACGUUACGCCCGGCGUCAUGGCUGAGGGGAGCUUGGACUCGUUUCUUUCCCUCUUUGCUGACCAUUUCAUGGAGCCCAUCUUUCAAAUCCUCAGCCAAGCCUUGACCUCUCCAGACUGGAUGGAGCGGCGCACCGCUCUCAUCGUCCUCUCCAUCUUUGCAGAGCAUGCCCAUGUCGUCCUGAACGAAUUUGCUGACACCAUGGCAGAACUCUUGCUCGCGCGUGCUCGGGACCCCCAUCCUCGUGUGCGCCACGGUGCCUUUCAAGCGCUGGGUCAAAUCUCCUCCGAUGCUGUAGACACUCGGCUUUUCCAAGUACACAGCAAUUCGUUUUUGGAAGCCUGCGUUCAAGCUUUUGAAGCCGAUUCCUCUCUGCGCGUGCGAUCACAUGCCUUGUCCUGUGCCGUCAAUAUCAUGACCAGUAGCACUAAUCUGGUCGAGGAAGCAGCCUCAGCCAAGUGCAAGGAACUAGCACAUCGCAUCAUUCAGACACUGGUGCCCUCCUUGCCCACAUUGCCUUCCUUGCACAUGCAAAUGGCUGCUUUGUCCGCCAUGGCUGCCAGGACUCCAUUCUCAUUGCAUGGUUGGUUUGGCUUUGCCUCACGCGCAGACGUGCAAAGCAUGCUUCGUCACCAUGGCGAACUUACCAACGAUUUUGCCGAGGACCUGCUCCGGGCAGGCCUUCAAGCCCUGGCAUGCCCAGCACAUCACCUCUUUCAAAUCGGUGCGGACCAGGUCCUUACGUAUGAGGCGUUGCCAUAUUGUGAGCUUUUGGUCAUGGGGUCGAUCAAUCAAGUGAUUGAUUACUCUGGCUCGGAUGUUGUCAAAGCGGGUGCUCGAAUCAUUCACGCUGUGCUGGAGGAGCUCCCUCGUGUGCCAAGCGUGCUUUUGGAAGAUAUAUCCCGACUCAUCGUGGAGGCCAUUUCAAACCUAAAUGUACGCAUCAAUGAAGAGACGGUACAAGUUUUAAACCGGUGCUGCCAAGAAGCCAACCUUCAUGGUGAAGCUCAUCUCGGUCAAAGCUUGGGGCUUGAAGUUUGUGGGAAUACGCUGAUCAGCAUCCUUGGAGACGACGAGGCAGAGUUUGGUGAGGAGUGGUUGCAAGCCUUUGGGCAGCUUUUCCUGAACCUGGCAAAGUAUGCCGCCGAAAACCACGACGUGUUGGAGAAAACCUGUCAAGUGUUGGGACCUCUCAUGGGCGCAAUUUUUGAAAAUAUCCAGACCGGCCUUCAACGCAUCGCCCGCAACAUGGGUCGCAAGAAUAACCAAGCGGGUGGUAACAACAUGGACGACAACGACGACAACGAGGAGGAGGAGGAGGAUGACGACGACGAAUGGGAGGAUGAGGAUGAAGACGAGAAUGAGGAAGGAAGUGAUAAUGAGGACGAGGAUGACGAUACCAGCAUGCCUGACGCCGACGUUAUGAGCGUCCUUGCCAACACACUCAUUUCGUGCGAAGAGGCGGUCGUCCAUCUAUGGAUCGCUGCUCCUGGAAAUGACUACAUCCAAGCCUGUGUAGGACAAAUCGUCAGCUAUUGGGACGAGAAUUCUCCCCUGUGCGAACAUGUUUACUUGUGUUUCUUGGCGGACUUGGCGACGCAUUACGAGCGGGCUGCGCCCAUUUGUCGGGAUUUGUUGAAGCAGCGCCAAGCGCAUCUUGUGGAAGGCAUGAAUGGCGACAUCAAUCUGCGCAUUGCUAGUACCUAUGCCGCCACACAAGUGGUGACGAACCCCGACUUCCGUGACUCGGUCGAGGCCAUUCUGCAGCUUGCACUUCCCAUCUUGGAACUCGAGGUGAGACCCGAUGACGAAAGCUCACCCAUGAACAGCCUGUGUGGCAACACUGUUAUGCUGUACGCGGCCUAUGGCAAGCUCUUCAAGCCCCUUGAUGACUGGUUGCCUCGCGUCUCUCGCAACCUUCAUCUGGUUACGGAGGAGGAAGAGGCCGGCAAACUUGCGUUAUUGCUCGCGCCCAUCAUCACCGAUGCCCGAGCCGACGGUGCACCGCUGGCCCAAGAGGCCCAAAUUGUGGAGGCCUUGUCUGAAAUGGUCCAGCGAGUUGCAAAGAAGAGUGAUCCACUCAAGCAAGCAGCCAUUUUUACACAGGGGCUCUCAGCCGUGGCCAUGCUGCAAGAUUAAGCUUGGCAACCUCCUGCCACCCGCCGCUACCGACCCAAUUUCAUAGAAUAGCUGGGUCUUCAAUAGAUGAUAUGUCAAGCCUGCUUCUUCUUGAGGCAUCUCCAAAUCAAUUCUUGUGGUG